CCCGGACUCCUGCCAGCAUCUCCCUCUUCCACUCCCCAGCCGACUUCCCUCCCUGUGCAUCGGCCAAUUGAUUUUCUCCUUCUUGUCACCAAUAUAUUUAAUACAUCUCGACAUUCUUUGCCUCCUUUCCUCCUCGAGUCUUCUUUCUCAAAAUGGCUUCUCCCCGUGCUGCCUCCCCCUUGACCUCCGGUGCUGAGUCCGGCCCCGACUCCAAGUCCACCGGUGCUGGUUCCGGCGCCUCUGCUGUCUCGUCCGUCAACCGCCCCUCCUCUCCCACUCCUCCCGGUGGUCCCCGGGCUGCUUUGCGUCGCCGCGCGGCCGCUGAUCACAAGGAGUCCCUCCGCAAUGCCAGACCCAGCUCGACCCGUGCUGCCGGUGCGGGCGGUUCCUCCGGCACGAUGCUGAAGCUGUACACUGACGAGAGCCCCGGUUUGCGGGUGGACCCCGUUGUUGUCCUGGUCCUCAGUCUGGGCUUCAUCUUCUCCGUUGUCGGUCUCCACGUCAUCGCCAAGAUCACCCGCAAGUUCUCCUCGUAAGCCCGCUGAAACGCGACUUAUGCUCUCGCCAAAUGGCCGUCUCCUGGUCUCCUGAUAUGUGAUGAACGCGACUUCUCGGAUGUGAUGUAUGCGUUGGGUCCCGUGCGGGGCGGGCUAGGAUUCGGGCGCCGACGAGGCCAGCGACUCAAUUGUCCCAUCUUUUGCCUUCGAAAUCAUAUACCCCUGGUGUCCCUUGCCUCUCUACUUUCUUCUGUGCGCCGACAAUGGGGAUUAGCCGAGCACAGAUCGAUCUGGUGCUCUGGAGAACUGGUCCCAAUCUAUCUGCCGAAUAGGUUGGGACGAUCGUUGCUUGAUUAUGCCGUGCACGUGUGCCGUCAACAAUAUAUUAUGGAGAGCUCGUCUGAGGAAUGGAGGAAUGCGUUUGUAAUAUAGUACUUGCAAUGACACGAGAUUCAAA